AUGCCGACCUCUGAGAGCUCUGUUCGGUACAUGUACGCGGAAUCAGAUCAGUAUCUGGACGCACACUCUUCGGGAUCGCAAAGCUCAGGCAACUCACCAUAUAACAUGGCUUCUCUCAUGGAUCCGAAUGUGUGUUCCGGAAUUUAUCAAGGUCUGGAGUCGGAGGAUGAGUCGUCGCAGCAACCGCCACAAGAACAAAAGCCCAAGAGGAAACGAGAGAACCGGUAUAAGAAUGCCCCUCCGUCUGUCCUAUCGCGUCGAAGAGCCCAAAACCGUGCUUCCCAGAGAGCUUAUCGCGAACGCAAGGACCAGAGGAUAAAAGACCUCGAGCAGAUGCUCAACGAGGCCAAACAACACAACAAUGCCCUUGGUCAGGCUUACGCUGCACUCCAGGCAGAAUAUGAGGCACUCAAAGCUUCUCAGUUCAAGGAUGUUGGCUAUACAACCGCCAGCAACCUGAGCUACCAACAUCCGCCGAUGCCAACGACAAGUACAGAAAUGAGCAGUACAGGCUUUGAUCUGGACUUGUACGCGUACCCUGAGCUGAGCGCCAACGGUGGAUAUCAUAUGUGA